GAUCUGCAAAUAAAAUUUCUAAAAUAUAAAUAUCUAAAAAUUUUAGAAAAGGAGAAAAAUAUAUUUCCCAAAAUAAAAUUACAAAUAUGUGCCAUCAAGAUUUGGGCAAAAACAAGAAGCCGUCAGGAUGCACAGCUGGUGCCCCAAACUCCGAUCAAUCUCCGCCGCCAGCCGCCCAACAACCACCGUCAAUCCUCUAACAGAUUCACAUCGCCACCUCCAUUAUUCGGCUACUCAUGUUCUUCAAAAGCCCAUCACUUAUUUUCCUACUUACAAGCCCAUUCUCACUUACCCUCCAACAACUUACCUCUCACUCUACAACCAUGCUUUUCCACUCAAUAUAUCUGUAAGUACAUCUUUUCCUCACAACCCCUUUUCAUAUCUUGCCUUGUUUUUUGAAAUUUCUUGAGAAAUUGAUUAGUAUAAUGUUUGGUGUAGAAGACAAAUUGAAAUAAUAAGCGAUGCCAGGAAAAGUAGACACAUGACUGUUGCGCCAAACACAGCUUUUCUGGGGAAUAAAUUUGUAUUGCUUGUCGAUGCGAAUUUUUAUCUAAUGUAGUAUUGUGUUUGUUGUUGUGAGUAUUUGUUUGUGGAACAAAUAUUAAUGCAAGUGCGACAUUGGACUUUGAUACAAAGAAAAAGAGCUUUGAAGCUCAGGAGGGCCGCUACGCCUAUGUGGCUAUUAUGUCUCCAAGGGAUGAAACAUUUAUAUGUAAUAAAUUGUAUGCAUCAGGUCAUAUAAGGGAGGUUUAGGGUUAUAAACGACGGGCUGAUUAAGUGUUGGAAGGAGGAUAAAAGGCACAAUGCACAUUUAAAAGUUUAAGAAAUCAAAACGUAGACUCAAACAACCAGGUAUUGUCCCAGCAGCCUAUGCAAAAGUGAUGAAGAAGCUUGAUUUUUGCUAAAACAAAUCGAGUAGUCUGUAACUGUGAGUACUCCCAGUUAUGGAUCAGAAAGAAGUAUUUUAGGUGGCUCUACUUGCUGUAGCUGUAGAUGACAGAACUGGCGGAACACCAGAGAAUGUAUUAUUUUUUUUGGGUUGUUGCAGGAUAAUUUUCCCUUCAUUCGAUCUCUUGAGAUAUGGUCCUAUGGAAUACAUGCUCUGUUAGUUUCAAAAAUAAAACAUGCUCAACAUGUAUAAAAGUGAUGGCGUAUGAUAGUAAUUCUAUACAUAUAUCGUAAGUAUAAACUCCAAGUAAUCACAGACAUAUUAAUCGAUGCCUCGGCUUUAACAACCAGCUGUGCAUUGUUCAUAUAUAUCCACCAUUUCUGCACCUUCAUAUUGAUCUGAAAUUUGCUAUAGCCACCAAGAUUUCUCUCUAGAUGGAAGAAACAAGUGAUGUUGAAGGCGGAGAACAAGCGCGACAUUCUAAAGUGAUGGAAGAGGAGGUGAAAGACGCGGACACACCAGAUAUGCAGAGUGUGAGUAUGAAACUAGAGAGAGUUAAGGAGGUUUAUGCAGAGUAUGAAGGACAUCAAGAGAGGCCUAGCAAGGGUGAAGUUAUGCUUUGGUGUUUAUAUGGACUGUGUUCGUAUUUUAUUCACACGGUUAUUAUUCCUAUCUUGUUUCCGCUUAUCAUAAGCCAGAUUUUUACGGCACCAGAGCCUUCACAGGGGUGGGAGAAGAGCUUUAAGGGAUUGAGUUGUACUAAAAAGGAAAUGCAAGUGUACCAAGGUCUAACAUCAAAGUUAAUAAUUAUUAGCAACUCGAAAUUCUCAGCAUUGGAGUGGACAUCAAUUUCUUGGUUUGUAGGGAUAAUCCUAUCAGCACCAGUUCUUGGCUUCAUCUCAAUUAACCUUGACUAUGGCAUGCACCCUCAACUCCUAGCAGGAGCGGUCACAGCACUUGGAGCUAUCUUCUGCCUCCCUGCUGGAUUUUUCAGAACAUUUUGGAUCUUCCCACCAUAUAUUGCUGCCAUUGUAGUAGCUGCUACUGUUGGAACUGCCUCCCACGCACGUUCCCUUGGUCUCAUGGUUCGGGGAUUUGUUGGCCUCACCAUUCCUAAAAGCCAAUUCGCAUCAAGGGUAGGGAUUACUAGUUGGCUGUCGCUUUAUGCCACUGCUGCUGGUUCUCUGGGGGCUGCCAUUUUCUCUACCUUAACAUACCACAUGCUCCGCGGUCCAGACAAAUUUACAAGCUUAUGGGUUGUUGCCAUUUUUAGCGGUUUAAAGUGGCUUGCAGGAACAUUACAUAUCUUCACUGCAAAUAGGCCUAGUGGGAAUUCAACAACUUCUCCUAGCUCUGUCGACAAAACACAUGUUGUUUCCAUUUUCAGCUAUCCUCAUGCAGCAGGCAGUCUUGCUAGUGUUUUUCUUUCUUCCAUGGCUGCAAUGUCCAUAUUCACGGGAGGGGUACUAUUUCUAGUAGGGCAAAUUUGCUUGGAGCCAAAGACCAUUUUGUUUAUAUGGUUAACAUACUAUGCCUUUCCCUUAUUGUCUCUCCCACUACUACAUCCAUUCCAGCAACUUAUUAGGGCAGAUGCAGUCAAAAUGCAGUUGCUGGGGUAUCUUUUUACAAUAAUGACCACCGGGUUUGGGCUAUACUAUCGCCACAAGAACUGGCAGAAUAAUCACGUGUUGGUCUUCACCGCAGUUCAGGGCACUGCCACAGGUGUCUUACAUGCUUUUGGCAGAAACUUAUUGUUGGAUUGUUCUCCACCUGGAAAAGAAGGUGCAUUUUCCGUCUGGUUUUCAUGGGUGAGAGCUCUGGGAACAUGUGUAGGCUUCACGCUAGCAACAGCAGGUGUUGGAUCAAUUGGAAGGUCAUUUGGGGUUGCAUUUUGUGCUUCCAUAUUUGGAUUCCUUGUGUUGGUAUUUUCAAAUAUAAGCAACUUUGAAGGAGCUGUUGCUGCUGGGAAUGUGAGUGAGCACAACGAACAUGCUGAAAGGGAUUAUGAAAAUCCUGACGAAACAGCCUCAGCAUAAGCCCCAAAUCAUACUUUGUAUCCAAAUAUAAACAACAAUUAUGUAAACCUCAAUACAAUAUAGACAGUAACCUUGGUUGUAUUGAUCUGUACUGUAUUCUUUUUGUAAUAAACAGACUAAUUCCUGUGUCUUGUAACAUUUAUAAAUUACCUAAAUUGAUCCGUCUA